GGAUACGUGCAUAGAGGGGUUCUUCCUAAUGGAAAGGAAGUUGCGGUCAAGCAGUUGAAAGCUGGGAGCGGGCAGGGCGAACGGGAAUUUCAGGCUGAAGUCGAGAUUAUUAGCCGAGUUCAUCAUAAACAUCUUGUUUCUUUGGUUGGAUAUUGUAUAACUGGUUCCCAAAGAUUGCUUGUUUAUGAAUUUGUUCCAAACAACACUUUGGAGUUCCAUUUACAUGGGAAAGGGCGACCGACCAUGGAUUGGCACACAAGACUUAAAUUGGCUCUAGGAUCUGCAAAAGGACUGGCUUAUCUUCAUGAGGAUUGUCACCCGAAAAUCAUUCAUCGCGACAUUAAAGCAGCCAACAUAUUGUUGGAUUUCAAGUUUGAAGCAAAGGUUGCUGAUUUUGGUCUCGCAAAGUUUUCUUCCGAUGUCAAUACCCAUGUAUCGACUCGAGUGAUGGGUACUUUUGGGUAUCUUGCACCAGAGUAUGCCUCAAGUGGUAAACUUACUGAGAAAUCAGAUGUUUUCUCCUUUGGGGUUAUGCUUUUGGAGUUGAUCACGGGUCGUCGACCAGUUGAUACGAGUAACACUUUCAUGGAAGAUAGUCUCGUAGACUGGGCUAGGCCAUUACUGAACCGAGCUUUAGAAGAUGGAAACUUCGAUACUUUGGUCGAUCCAAGGAUGCAAAACAACUACAACCACAAUGAGAUGGCUCGUAUGGUUGCCUGCGCUGCUGCCUGUGUGCGACAUUCUGCAAGGCGCCGACCCCGAAUGAGCCAGGUAGUACGAGCGCUUGAAGGAGACGCAUCACUAUCAGAUCUCAACGAAGGAGUCAGACCAGGGCAGAGCAUGGUAUACAGUUCUCAUGGAAGCUCAGACUACGACACGAACCAGUACAACGAGGACUUGAGGAAGUUCAGGAAGAUGGCACUGGGGAGCACGGAGUAUGGAGCAAGCAGCGAGUACAGCGGACCGACGAGCGAGUACGGGCUAUACCCUUCGGGGUCGAGCAGCGAAGGGCAAACCACCAGAGAAAUGGAGAUGAGGACAGUGAAGAAAGAGAGUGGAGGGUUUAGUGGAAGCUCUUGAAACACCAAGCUUUGCCUUUCUUUUCUGUGUAAAGAAGCAAAACCAGGCUGUUUAUUUUGACUUUGAUUGUUAAUUUGUUACAGAAAUAGAGCAUCAUUUUCAUUUUCUUAUUGAUUUUUAA